GGCGAUGUGAGGUCAGUUUCACAUAUUUCGUCCGUCCCUUAAUAGAUACUGAUACGGUACUUAUUAUAUACUUCCACUGGUUGACAGUCACUGCAAGAGCAUGAAUCGAUCACCUGUGCCAUGGAAAGAUGCACCUAUAUCCACGGGUUGAAAGUUUCGUGCCCGAAGAUCCUCGACAAGAGAGGUUGUGUUAGGUUUUUUCUUUCUCCAUUGAACCCGAGUCACUGUAAGUUCGGCCAUGACCAUCGCGCAGCGCGGCUGUUCAACUACAAGGAGGGUUCUACGUGUCAUGGGGUGUUGAAUUUGGAACCUAACAAUCAACGUCGGCUGAGUGGUCAAGGACCGACUGAUUUUGGACUGGUACCUCGGGCUGACACAAUUUGAUUCAUAAAGAAAGGAAAGGAUUACAAGGCCUCAGUGCAGUAAUGUGGUUGAAAGCAAUGAACCGGCUAUGGUGACGUUUGGAGUCUCUGCGCUUGGCCUUUGUGGGAAUGUCGGGCCAGUGGCUUCCAUUUCUAGGAACUAGUGGAUGAUAUAUUGAGGAUGUAUUAGCUAGCAUGUGGGUGAGUUUAAGUGGUUCAGAUAGACCCUACGACCGCAGACACGAUUUGAAUCACAUUCAUCUAGGACAGUGAUCGAGGAGGUGUAUCUUAGUGACAAGGCUUUUUAUGUACUUCUCCCGAUUCCGCUAUCAAAAGCCAAUCUCAUUGAAAUGAACAUACGCACUUCCUCUAAUAUUAUGAUUAUAGUACUAUUAGCCAAUCUACAUCAUUGCCAUGACUGAAUUAGUACUAAGUUGAGAUUAAACAUAUA